CUGUCGGCCAUCUCCCGGCGUCCAUCUACCACACCGCCAUUAGCGCUUCGGGCAGCAGUGGAUCGCCAUCACCAUCACCAUCCCCAUCGCCAUGGCUGCUCAGCACUCGUUCUCGCUGGCCUCGCAGGUCCCUUGGGAGCUGCCUCUGACCAAGACCACCGUCGAGGAGUUCAAGCACAGCCGCUCUGACUUUCGCAUCGUCGUCGUCAAAGUGCCAGGCCCGCUGGUUUCGACCACCAUCGUCGUGCCGACACUCUCGCAGGACAACAAAGGCCUGCCCCACACACUCGAGCAUCUGGUCUUUUGCGGCUCAAAGCACUUUGAGAAUCGGGGCUAUCUGGACUACUUGGCCACCCGCUGCCUCUCGACCGGCACCAACGCCUACACAACCGAGGAUCACACUGGCUACACCAUCACCACCGCCGGUGCUGAGGGGAUGCUCGAGAUCAUCCCGGUGUUCCUGGACCAUGUUCUGCAUCCGACGCUGAGGCCGGCUCAGUUUAUGACAGAGGUGUAUCAUCUUGAUGGCGAUGCCAAGCAUCAAGGCGUCGUUUACUGCGAGAUGGCAAGCCGCGAAAACACGGAAUUCGAUCUGCUUGAUCUGAACAUGCGGCAGCUGCUCUACAGCAGCGACUCGACAUAUGCCUUCGAGUGCGGCGGCAAGACUGUCGACAUUGUCAAGCUCACCAACGAAGAAAUCAUUGCGUAUCACAAGCAAUUCUACCAUCUCGAUAGCCUGACGAUGGUCGUGUGCGGGCAGAUCGAGGCCGAGCAGAUCUUUGCAAAGCUGAACGAGAUACCGAGCAUUCUAUCUUCGAGCGCUGAGAGGCGACCUGCCGAGGGCCUUGUGACAAGCCCCUUUAGACUGAAGACCGAAGUCACUGAGACGAGUAGGCGGGUUCCCUUCCCGUCAAGCGACGACGAAGUCGGCACGAUUGGAUACGGCUGGCGUGGUCCCCAGUCCAGCGACCUGAAGACCUGUGUAUCUCUCGAAGUCAUCUUCCGGUAUUUGCAAGACACCUCGGCCUCUCCUUUCUACCAGGAGUUUGUCGAACGCGCCGUGCCAUUUGCAUCGGAGGUCGACUUUGAGCUCAAGAGCUACCUCGAGUCAGCCUUCAUGCUCUAUUUCAGCGGCGUCCCACACCCUUCGAACAAUGCCCUCGACAGCAGAGCCUCCCACCGCCAACUGCCCAACUCUGCUACCCAUGGACAUGACGCCGACGACGACGAUGGUGAUGACGCCGACGAGGAUGAUGAUGACGAGGAGGAUGAUGAUGAUGACGAGGAUGAUGAGGAUGGCGAUGACGAGGAUGAUGAUGAAGAAGAAACCAUGGUCGGUGCGCACAGUGCCCAAGGUCAUGAUGGAGACGAUCAAGACGGCCAUCACUCGGCUCCUCAGAAUCUAUUUGAGGCCGAUGUAUUCCGACAGAUGGUCACUGGUGUUCUGCGCGAUUUUGUCAGCAACAUUGAUGACAGAGUCCUUACUCGUAUCCGCCAGGCUGCCUCACGCCACCUGCGCAAAGUCUAUGAACUGCUCGAGGACGAUCCCCACGAUGCGGCUGCCUCAUGGCUGCUGCCCGACAUCCUGCGAUGCCACUUUUCCCGGACCCAAGGGGGUUGUGACGACCAGGCGCCGCCGCUGCCGUUUGGCACGCGCUCGGGCAUUUUCGCCAUCCUCAAGGAGCUGAUGGAUGAGCCAGCAGACUACUGGGCGACACUCAUCCAGAAAUGGUGUCUGGACGCACCGAUGGUCGAGAUCAUGAUGAUCCCUGAUGCCGGUCUCGCCAAGGAGCUUGAAGAACGGGCAGUUCGAGAACGCGCCGAAAGGACCGACGCCCUUGGCGAUGCCGGUCUGGGCAAGCUGCGAGCGGCGCUUCAAGUGGCGCUGAAGGAGAACGAGGUCAACAUUCCUCCCGCCGUCCUCGGCAAGAUGCCGGCCGUGCCCGAUGUAUCCAAAUGCCCCCAGCUCAAGAUCGAGACGGUCGUGCAGGACUUGGUCGAUCGCAACCGCCCCUUCAAUGCCGUUCACGUCGUUCGGACCGAAACUGUGUUUGUGCACAUGCGGCUUGGUCUAAACACCACGAUGGUCCCCCCGGCCGAUCGCCCCUUCCUGGUGCUGCUCCAGGAGCUGCUCUUCCAGACGGCUCUGGGUGUGCCCAGUCCCAACGGCAUCGAGCGCACCAGCUACCAAGAUGUGGUUCAGCACUCGUCCGAGCUCUUUGUCGACCACGAAGCUGCCGUUGGAUUCGGAAACAACAUUUGGAGCACCUCGUGGCUCAGCGAGGUCUUCAUGCUCUCCGGCAACGCAGAGCAGCAUCGCUUUAGCGAGAUGAUGGAGUUUUUCUGCAAGGUCUUGCUGUUUUCUCAGUUUGAGGAGGAGCGGAUCCUGACCGUGGCCAAGAAUCUGUCAAGCGAAAUUGCCGAAAUCAAGCGCAACGGCUCGUCGAUGCUGACGGCCAUCCAAACUCGACUUGCGUUCGCUAAUGUCCUACCUGUGGACGAGGUUGGAUCGGCGGGCCCCGACAAUCCAUUGUGCAACGACAUUGCCAUCAGCAUUUUCAAGCAGGAAGCCUUUCUGAAGCAGGUGAUCAAGCUGAUCAAGGAUAACCAGGGGCAGGCCGUCGCCGAUGGACUGGAUCGCGUGCGACAGAUCUUGGUCCAGUCGUCCGAUCCGGCAUCGCUGGGCUCCGGUCCUUCGAUCGUCGGCGGGUUCGUUCAGAUUGCAGUUCCGACAGACUUGCCCGACAGCGAAGCUGGAGUUCUGACCAACCGAUUCCUCGAGAUAUGGGACCGGCUCCAUGCCACCUUUAUGGACGCAAGAGAGCCUGCGCCAUCUGGCUCGCCCAAGGGAAUCAAGCGCGCCCGAAUCGGCUCGCUCUCCGAGACCCAAAGCAAUGCGGGCCCGGACAUUGCUGCUGCGGCCAACUCGGCAGUACGCCGCCCAUUCCCGUUCCCGAGAGUCGCCUACAGCCGAAGCCAACUCGACUCCAGGUUCGGCCAGGGCGUCGUCACGCCGAUAUCGGGCCUGGCCACGUUUUUCUUGGAGCAAGUUGUCCCAUGUGACAUCCUGUCGCCGCAUCCGCACCCGGAUUACUACGCAGUGACGCUCCUGGCCGAGCUUCUCUCUCGGGCUGAGGGCCCGCUCUAUCUGGCGAUACGGGGACAGGGCUAUGCUUACGGCGCCUCCGUCAAUGUGUAUCUUUGGACUGGCAUGCUCUCCUUUGAGCUUUACGACGCCUCUGAGCCGCACCGGGGCUUGCUGGCGUUCUACGACAUUCUUGAGCAGCUGGCGACUGAGAGCGGAUUCGACAGCCUCUGCAGCGAGUUCAACCUGCAAACGGCACGGGCCUCGGCAGCAUACAAGGCGUGUGCAUCGCGAUCGACUGCAUCGGGGCUGAUUGUGGGAACAUUGCGGAGCAUGCUUCGGGGCUUUACCAGCAUUCAAGAAGAGGAUGCUCAUCGCAAGCAACUGUACUUGGUGACGCGAAGCGAUCUGAAGCGGGUCUAUGUCCAGUAUUUCCGGCGGUUCCUGGACGAGCGAGAGCGCCUCACUGUGAUAACUAGCCCUCCAGGACAGGCGACGAGCGAUUUGAUCGAGUCGUUUGCCCGAGCGCCCACUGCUAAAGAGAUGCCGAUACUGUCGGAGCUGGGCAGCCCCAAGGACGACAGCAAGUAUACGCUCGAGCUGCGUGAGACACAAGUCCAAGAGUUGCAGAUCUGAGAGGAUGGCCGAGUGAUGCUGGACGCCGGAGCGAGGACCUCGCUGGCAAUGACACCAAUACAGAAUGCUUGCGCCAAAGUACUGGACAGUCGGGCUAUGGCUAUGGUAAUGGCAAUGACAAUGGCAAUGGCUAUGGCUAUGGCUAUGGAAAUGGCUCCGUUCAUUCCGCUGCUUGCUGGGCCGCCGGGUUCGGGUGGGGCAGUCUGGG